UGGAAAAAUUCUCCAGCAGAGCCAUAGUCUCAACUUUGGCUAUGUUUGUCAUUUGGGUUAAGUUGGCAUAAAUUCACAGUUUACUGAGUAGCUAUGAUAAGUAAACUGAAACAGAAUAUAUUUCUAAUUACAGAAUUGCUGUGGUCUCUUUAAUCAAGUCAGCCCAAAAGAACUGGAGCUCAUUCUCUGUAUGUUGACAGUAAGCCUGUGAAAAUGUACGAGAAAAGGAAUCAGGUGACUGAGAAGAUCUUGGACCUAACCUUGGAGAUCAUCUACCUGCUGACUGGAGAGGAGCACAUGGUUGUGAAGAAACCUGUGGGUUAUACAUCACACAGCAACAGUCCCUGGGUGUUCGAUAAAUCCAUUGUGCCUCCACUUCACUCACUCAUACAUGAAAGAAAUAAUGACCAUAAGAUUUUGGAACUUACCAGUCAGAUCACCCAGCUGUUGACUGGAGAGGUUCCUAUAAGAUGUGAGGACUUCACUGUCUAUUUCUCCACGGAGGAGUGGGAGUAUUUAGGAGAACACAAGGAUCUCUACGAAGACAUGGAUACGGGAAAUCAUUGGCCUCUCAGCUCUUUGGAGACAUUCGUAUCUGGUGAAUUUCACAUGCAUUUUUCUUUGCCGGAUUUUGGAAAUAAAUAUGUCACUGGGAAUAAAACCAAUAAUGGAGUACAAGAUCAGAAAUGCAGUGAGCAAAAUAUUUUUUUUACUAAAUCACAUGAAUCUGCAUCAUAUACAGAAGGAACACUCACAAAAUAUUUGUCUACACAUAUUAAGAAGGAGGCAGCCUUAUCCGAAGUAGAAAAUCUCACAAAUCCAGACAUUUGUCCACCCAUGGUAUGUAUGCCAACAAAAUGUACAUCUACUCAUAGUAAGAAGGAAUCCACUUUUUGUAUUGAAGGGAAUUUCAUAGACAUGGCCACUGCUAAACCUACAGAGGUACACACAGAAUAUACAGUGAUUCAUGUUAAGGAUGAACCAGCCUCAUAUAGAGAAGGAAAUCUCAUAGACACAUUCGUUCGUACAUCCACAGAACAUAAACUGACAGAAUAUCAAUCUACUUGUAUUAAGGAUGAGUUAGUCUCUUGUGAAGAGGGAAACACCACAAAGACUGAAAUUUGUGCACCCGCAGAAUAUAAAUCUACCUCCAAGUCAUCUGAGUUUGGAACAGUAAUGCUUAUUGAUGCUGACAAUUACACUCUUACGGAACACACACAGAAGAAGGAUACAUUUACUUGUAUUGCUGGUUACCUAGAAGGCUGUACAAAUGCACAGAACACUCCAGCUAAUUUAUCAUUAACAGAAUCAAGGAAACCAGGUAAUAAUAAUUAUAACGACGGUAUUUCUCCUCAGAAUAUUGGAAAGGUACUGCACUGUCACAAGUGGCCUGAACGUUUUAAUAUUAACUCAAAGAUAGUUCAGCAUCAGCCAGAUAACAAAGGAGGCACUAUGGAUGCUACAGAAAUAGGUCCGGUCGUGUUUACAGAGGCUGAACUCGUUACACAGGAGAGAAAUCCCAAAGAAGACAAAGGAUUUUCAUGUUCUGAAUGUGGGAAGAAUUUUAGACUUGUGUCGUAUCUGACCAAACACAAGAGGAGUCAUACAGGAGAAAAGCCAUUUAAAUGCAACGAAUGUGGAAAAUGUUUUUCUUUGUCUGAACACCUUGUAUCACAUAGAAAGAUUCACACUGGAAUAAAACCAUUUAACUGCACUGAAUGUGAUAAAUGGUUCACCCAGGCCGCACAUCUUGCGUCUCAUAAAAGGAUUCACACUGGAAUAAAACCAUUUAACUGCACUGAAUGUGGUAAAUGCUUUACCCAGGCUGCACAUCUUACGUCUCAUAAAAGGAUUCACACAGGCGAAAAGCCAUUUCAAUGCAGUGAAUGUGGGAAAUGUUUUACUUGGGCCACACAGCUUGCAUCGCAUAAGUCGGUUCACACAGGGGUAAAACCAUUUAAAUGCACGGAGUGUGGGGAAUGUUUCUCCUGGUCUUUCCAGCUUGCUUCUCAUAAAUGGGUUCACACAGGAGAAAAACCAUUUAAAUGCACUGAAUGCGAGAAAUGUUUUGCUCAGGCAAAAUUGCUUGCUUUGCAUAAAAGAAUUCACACAGGAGAAAAACCAUAUAAAUGCACUGAAUGCGGAAAAUGCUUUACUCAGGCCGCACAUCUUGCAUCACAUAAAAGGAUUCACACAGGAGAGAAACCGUUUUUCUGUUCUGAAUGUGGGAAAUGUUAUACUGAUCGCUCAGGUCUCACUAAACAUCAGAGAAAUCACAGAAGAUAAACUUUUCUUAAAUUCUGAAUGCAGGGAAUGAUUCACGUUAUUACAUUUCUUCUAUCUGUUUUUAUCCAAGGUGUUCGGAAAUUAAUAAACUCAAAUCUUAUUAUGAUGAUGAAAAUCUGAUAGAGGUCUAUUUACUGCAUAACAUUCAUGGAGAAGGCCACAUCUCUAGUUUGCAUGAGCUGGAUGUUUGGAUAUUUGGUUACAAAAGUUAUAUGAAACUAGUCCUCCUCUAAAUGUUUGUAGUUUCUUUUAAAGCGCCACUGAAAUUAUGGUAUGCUUAAUUUUAAGGUUAUAAAGUUCUGCACUUCUGUGUUCUCAAGUUAUACAAUUCAAUUCGCACCUUGUCAGGUCCAUCAAGGUACACGUUAUAG